CACCUCGCCUUCCUCCUCCUCCUCCUCCUCCUCCUCCUCCUGACGUCAGCCCCCGGCCCCGCUCAGUCGGAGCGGCAGCGGCAUGGCUGGGGGGCGCCGGGCUGCGGGGCUGCUGCCGGGCUGGGGCUGCUGCCUCCUGCUCUGCUGCGCUGCGGCCAGCAAGGUGGAGGUCUCCAUGCCAGCACUGGUGGAAGUGGAGAUCGGGGGUACGGCCAGGUUAGAGUGCAACUUCUCCAUCCCUGAAGAUGGUUCCUACACCUACAUCAGCUGGUUCUAUAUCGACCGCAACAGCCAGGUGAAGCUGUGCCACAUCACGGACAGCGUCGUCCUGGAGGACACGGACUACAGGGAGCGGCUGUCGGUGGGAGAGGACAAAGCUCUCUCCAUCAGCAAGGUCACAGUGCAGGAUGCCAGGACCUUCGUGUGCCAGGUCGGGGCGGCUGGCUACGACUUGGGCGAGAACCGCACUGAGCUCCACGUCUACAAGGUGCCUGAGACCCCUGAGAUCGUGGCCAACUCGGGAGGCGUCUCCGUGCAGAGCAGUGAGAUGCCGCAGAUCGCCCAGUGCGUGAGCAGGAACAGCUUCCCACGCCCCAACAUCACGUGGCACAAGAACGGCGUGCGCCUGCAGCCGGAGGAGAAUACGGUGAGGUUCACGGCCACGCGGACCCGCGAGUCGAGCGGGCUGUACACGGUGAGCAGCACCCUCUUCGCCCACGUCACCCGCGACGACCGCAACUCCUCCUUCCACUGCACCGUGCACUACUGGCUGCAGGGGCAGAGACGUGCCGUGGAGUCGCGGCGAGUCAGCGUCAAGGUCUUCUACCCCACUGAGCACCUCAAUCUGCGCGUCAUGCCGUCCUCGGCGCUGGUGAAGGAAGGGGAUGAUGUGAAGCUGUUCUGUGAGGCUGAUGGCAACCCAGGGCCCAUCUUCUCCUUCUACAAGAGAGGGCUGGAGGACAGCUGGCAGGACCUGACGCCGCUGACGGACACCAACCGUGGAGUGCUGUCGCUGAACAAUGUGAAUAAGAGCAGCAGUGGCCUGUACAGAUGCCAGACCCUGGACUUGGAUAGUAUGAAACAGCUGGAGAAGGACAUGGAGCUCGUUGUGAACUACAUUGAAGGGCUCCACGUGGAGAUGGAGCCAUCCUCGCCCGUUGUUGAAGGGGGCAGCGUGAAGCUGAGCUGUGAUGCCCACAGCCCCUUGGCCCUGCAGUACCAGUGGAGCGAUGCGAAGGGCAGGGAGAUCGGAAAAGGGAACCAGCUCCUUCUGAACAACCUCACCUUCGAAACCUCCAGCACCUUCAGCUGCAAAGUGAACGCACCAAGCGUGCCCGGGCUGGAGCAGAGCAAGCAGGUGGCCGUGGCUGUUCGAGGGAAGCCGCGGAUCGUCUCCAUCAGCUCCCCGCUGUACGUGCGGCACGAUGAGGUGGUGAACCUGACCUGCAAGGCCAUCGCGUUCCCCCGGCCCUCUGUCCGCUGGAGCAUCAAUGGGACGGCUCACGAGUACGUUGAAAACCAGCACAUCGCCAGCAACCUGACGGUGCGCGUGAACCGCGACCUGCUGCGGGCGGGAGCCAUGUGCAGGGUCUCCAACGAGAUGGGCAUCAGCGAGGAGCGCAUCCAGCUGCUCGAGACACCAGAGAGCAAAGGGGUGAUCAUUGUGGCGAUCAUCGUCUCCAUCCUCGUGGUGGCCGUGCUGGGGGCCGUCAUCUACUUCCUGCACAAGAAAGGCAAGCUCCCCUGUGGUCGCACUGGAAAACAGGACAUCACAAAGCCAGAGGCACGUAAAGACAAGAUUGUAGUUGACGUUAAGUCAGAUAAACUUUCCGAAGAGGCGGGGCUCCUGCAGGGCGCCAACGGCGAGAAGAGACCUGCCGCUGACCAGAGCGAGAAAUACAUCGAUCUGAGAAACUAGAGAGGGAAUCUACUAAGUGCUUUCUUCCUUCAAACCUUUCCUGCUCUUGGAUUGCCUUGUCCCACCCCCUGCUCCAGUACCCGGGGAGCACGGCCAGAGACGAUGACCGCCUCACAGCGCUGAGCCCCAACGCGUGGGGGAUCCCCCUCGACUCACCUCUCCGUUACCUCAACCGUGGGCUUGCAGGUUGUCGACUUCGCAGCAGCAAAGCUGGAUUUGCUUAUUUACUCCAGAGAAGCCAACAGCACUAUUGGAAAGAAAUAUCCCACUAAGCUGCCUGGGGGAAGGAGUGGAGGCUUUGGCGGGAGAUCCAUCCUGGAUGCGCGCGGGAAGGUUUUGAUGUGUUUUGCCCCAAACUUGCUCAGAAAGUUGGUGAAAUUUGUACUUUUUGGGCUGUCCCAGGCACCUUAGAUGUAGCGACGUGCAGGUUAGACGAGCGAAGAGUGGAAGUGGUUGUGGUAGAGUGGAAGUGGUUGUGGUAGAGCGGUGUUUGCCGGCUGCCGGGGAGGUCUUAGUGCUUUGCUUUUCCUUUCAGACCAGACUUUUGGUUUAACCCGGUGUGUCGUGGCGGCGCUGGGCACGCGGGGUGCUCCGCGAUGGGUGGUCGCGUGGGAGGCGAGGGCCUGGCAGAGCAAGGAGGCACUCGGGGUUGUUGGGCACAAGCCACAUCAAGGGGUUAAGCUCUCUGGUUUGUGGUGGGGUGAGGGCUUCUCCCUCCCCACUCCCAUGGGAAUCGGAUCAAUUUACUGGGGGGCUAUAACAGCAGGUCCUGGAGCCCCCACCCCAAUUCACACCUAAGGAAUGACUCGAUCGGGGCCAGUCAGCGAUGUCUCAGGGUUUUUAUUUGCGCCGAGCAGUCCCCCAGCCCCUGGUCAACGCGGUUCAUGUCUACGCUUGGGUGGCACCUCUGAGCGAUGGAGAGCGGAGCCCGAGCAGCCUUCGCCUCCCGCAGCCCCGGCUCUGCCUCCUCCGAAGCGAGAAGACCCCCCCGCAGCCUCUCCUUCCUCCAGGCCCCCCUCUCAGCGCUCGCUGCCACCAGCCUUAGCUCCCGGCCGCCGGCGCCGUGUCCCUGCGCCCGCGUCGUCGGGAGCAGAAGCUUUGGGUUCUAUAUAUAUAUAUUUUUGUUGGAUUGUGUGUACAUUUCCAGGAGUUUUUGUCUGAUAACUUGCCAGGUUGUUGGGUUUUUUUUUUUAUAUAUAUAUAUAUAUAUGUGAAAAUAAAGUACCACGUUCAAAGCCGGGCUCAGAGUUUGUUCCCACCAGGAUGGUCGGAUGGAUGUGCUCCGGUUCACGGCUGCUUUGACCGAGGGCGCUGGGCACACUCCCACCUCUCGUUUUGCCUCCGCGCCAAUGGGAUUUCACCAUGGAAAAGGGUUUAAAGCAACUGAGUGUCGGCUCGGACCCCUCCUCGCCCAGGAUGGGGCUCCAGGGCCCCCUCGGAGCUGGGAAGAGGCAAUUCCCUACAGUCUAGUAGGUAACUGCAUUAAUAGCUGAUUGGGCACUAAUAACUAACGGGUUGGAUGUAUUCUUUUAGAUAAUCUUUGUAUUAGAGUGAAAUAUAUCAUUGGUGAUGGUAGAUACUAAAAGAUAAUUAUUAAUAUCUAAUAUAGACGCUAAUAACCAUCAAUAUUAAUAACUCCGAUGUAUUUUAAUAGAUAAUUGUUGUAUUAGAUUGAAAUAUAUAGGAU